UUAGAAUUUAGAGUUUACUCUACUCAAUAUUUUUUUCUUUCUUUUUUUGUUCUCUUCCACUUAAAACCCUAGAUUAUAUAAGCAGCUGAGUGAUGGAAAGUGAUCAUCAAAUUGGCAUGGAGAGCACUAUAUCAUCGCCGCCGAGCGGCGCAGGAUCGCCGUCGACGCACCGGUGGAACCCCACCAAGGAGCAGAUCAACAUGCUUGAGAACAUGUACAAGCAAGGCAUAAGGACCCCAUCAGCCGAGCAGAUUCAAGACAUCACCACAAAGCUCAAAGUGUACGGCCACAUAGAAGGCAAGAACGUGUUCUACUGGUUUCAGAAUCACAAAGCAAGGCAAAGGCAAAAACAGAAGCAAGACACUCGCAUGGCUGAAUCAUUCAGCCGCUUUCUUCAACACUCCUCUCCCAGUCUCUUCCCCCCUCCCCCUUGCCCUAAUGUUGUGUGCAGCCCAUAUUACAUGGGACCAGGUCCAGUAGGGUUUUUCCCACAGUGCCCUCCGAAGCUUUAUUUACCUCCUGCUAUUGGCAAAAAGAGGAGCCAAGGGAUUGCAAGUGAUGAGAACUAUAUGGGGAAGCCAAACUUUUGGGAUCAUGGAGAAUCAGGUGAUCAGAGGUGGCGCAUGCCGUUAAUGCGCAGCCCUAGUAAUCAAGAAACCUUGGAGCUAUUCCCGAUGCAUCCAACUGGGAUAUUACAGGAGAAGAUGACACCCAAUCAGUCUCCUGAGAAUUCAAAUGUGACUACUCCAGCGACUACUCCAAGCUCCUCAGACACUGCGCCGUGUUUUAAUGAACAGGAGGCUGCUGCUGCUGAUCAACGCUUCUUUGACUUUUUCCGGGGGAAUGAAGAAGGGAGCUCUUAGUUUAACUAAUUUCAUGUUGCCUUUCUAUAUGAAGUCAUGUUUUUACCUAAAUUAUAUAUGUGGAACCUGGCCUAGUCUCUUUCGCUUGUUUUUUCUCCCAGAAAAAAACAUUUGCCCGUGUGAUAGAUAGAGUAUGUUUCAUGGGGGAGUUUGGU